AUGGCUAAGCUACGGAUUCAGUUGUUACCUGUUUGUUACACAUACAAGGUCCGAUUGGAGCGGGGCAAGAGAGAUUUCUGGAUUGGCGGCAGGAAAUUAAGGGGUACUUGGAUGUGGGAUUCUUCACAUACCUCUCUACAAUACUAUACUAACUGGGGAAGUGGGGAGCCGAACGACAGAUACAGUGAAGAAAGUUGUAUUGAAAUGUAUCACCAUGACAAUUACCAAUGGAAUGACGAAGCGUGCUACGAACAUAACUAUUUCAUCUGUGAGCAACCAUACAUUCACGGGCCUUAUGUACCAGUAGUACCGACCACAACAAAAUUAUGGUUCACCUGGCAGAUCGUUACUGAUAAGCCUUAUGUACCACCAACUACUGCAACAACCACAAGCACCACAACUUCUACUACCACCACGACCACGCCCGUCCCACCAACCACAAAACACCUACAGAUGGUCACACUGCCACACAGCCCACAAAACUCUCAGCAUACGAGUUGUCAAAGCGAUUGGAUAAGGUUCGAUACCAGCUGCUAUCUUUUCGCAAAAGACAUCACAUACGACUGGGUUGAAUCGGGGCACUUUUGUUCACUCUUUGGCGCAUCUUUGGCAUCUAUAGAAACGGAAAUGGAAAAUAAUUUUAUAAGACAACAUUUGCUUAACAUUGGAAGACCUGUUGACUUUUGGGUUGGUGGAACAGACAUUGUUACAGAGGGCGAUUGGAAAUGGAUUACGUCACAAAAGCCAGUGAUGUAUUCGGAUUGGUAUCCUGGAAAGCCUAGCGAUUUUCAUCACAAUGUAAACUGUCUUGAACUGCUUCAUAAUUACCAGUAUCACUGGAAUGAUCAAGACUGUCAUGUUGUUAACCACUUUAUCUGCGAAAUGCCGUAA